AUGGCUACGAAUGUGUUUUGCGAUUCAACAAAUUUAAAGGAAUCAAUUCAGUAUGUUAAUUACAAACUAAAAGAUAAGGGAAUUUUGCAAAACGAGAAAGUGCACUUUUCUGACGACGUGAAAGAUAAAUGUCGAAUUGUGAACGUUUUGUAUCAAUUGCUGAGGAGAAAUGAAGCUGAUGUUCAAGAAAAGGAAAAUCUAUUAGAAAGAAUUCAAAAUGAUUCCAUUGAAUCUGUGAAAAAUUUGGAGUUAUCAAAACAAUUGCAACGAAAUUUAGACAAGAGUCUUAACGAGAGACAGGCUCGAGAGGAUAGAAUACUUAUGUUGGAAAAGGAAAACAAAAAAUUGAGGAAAGAAAAUAAGGAUAUAAUGAAUGCACUAGACAAAAAAAAGCACAUAGAAGCAGCUAUGAAAGCAGAAUUAUCAAUGUCACUCAAGAAACGUGAGCAACAGAUGGAAUCAUUGCGAGGAAACUAUGAUUCAAUAAAACGACGAAAAGGAAACAAUUCUUAUUGUUCUUUGAUUAUUAAGGAACCCCAGAAAUCGCAUGUAAAUGCUCCUAUUUUACCGGAAACCCACGACACUGAGGAACAUGAGCUAAAAAAAGUCUCAGAGCAUGAAGAUUAUUUAGGGGUUUCCUUAUUCUUGCAAAAUAUUAAAAAUCAAAACCACAAGCUCCAAAGAUGUUUAAAUGAUAGUGUUACGUCCUUAGAAACUCUACUUCGUCCUCUUUAUAAAUCAUACCCGGAUUCACUUAUAACAUGCUUUGAACAAAACGCUGUUGUUUUGGACGCAAAGCUGCAAAACCUGAUCCGGCUUGUUGCAGAAGUGUUAAAUCAGGAAAAAUACGUGUCCGUACGGGACUUGGAAUCAUUAACGGUCGAACUGGAGAAUUCGAUGAAGUAUACUAAAAAUCUAGAAGAAGAGAAUAAGAAACUAAUUGAUGGUUUGGCCCAUGGCUAUGCACUUAUUUCUGGCCAACUGGAUUACAAGCAGCCCAUAAAUAAAGGACAAAAAGCAGAUUUACUGGAAAAAAGGACUAUCCCAUAA